GUCCGUCUUCCCCCUCGCCAUGAGGCAGUCGGGAAAACUAGAGUCCACAUGACGGGUCCGGAGUUUGUGAUCGCAGUAUCUCAGUCUGCAAGAUCCAGAGGAUGAACACAGAGCGAGGAGAAAUGGACUCGCUUCCAGAGCCGACAGAGUUUGCGUGGCUUGCCGAUCUUCAAAAAUCUCAGUCAUUUACGACUUGUUUGGCGGACCAUCCCGCCAAAACGACAGAUUUCGGGUGUGACGGUUACACAGCGUCUUUGAGCGACUACCAUGAACUUCUUCAACUCACAGCGCCAGAUGACCAUUGUGGGAUUGUGUAUGUCAGAGGCCAUUUCCAAAAUACUCCGGAUGCAAUUCUAGCCAGAGCUCAGAGACCAGAUGUGUCUGGGCUGAAAGGGUCUUUUGGCGUUCAAAUCCAUCCUGAGUCUCUUUUUGAACUCGGCGAGAAGCAAGCGCAGGGUUUCGUCAAUCUUCGGUGGCCUUACAUUCAAUAUGACCUCAGAAAGAAGGCCGCUUUUGACGACGGGAACAGCGGCUCUUUCGAAGAGAUAUCCUUUGUUAAAGAUGGCACACUAUUUCAGAUUGCACGUAUCAAGUGGGGAAGGGGAGGCUCACUGAGUGACUUCGACUCGGCAAAUACUUUGGAAAGUGAAACCAUCAAACUGAAGAGUGGAGGGAAAAUCCAAUUUGGGUGUCCUUGCUCGAAUGGAGGGCCUCCAAUUGCCGACUCUUUUCGACUACGUUUUGAAGAGAAUCAGCUCAGCUGCAUCAGUGAACUGUACCAGAGGCGCUUGGAUGUUCAAAUAUUUGUGAAUAAUCUUCCACAGGAACUCGGACCGUCGCAAUUGUCUCGUGCUUCCCACGAAGUCCAGGUACCGGACCUUUCAAGAACGCAUGACAUUGACCUCUACGUUGGCAGGCCGACAAUCAUUGUGUCCAGGUAUGCCUUGCGGGACGAUGCCCCAAUCAAUCAACCUGGUCUUUCUGAGCUUGAUGGAAAGUAUUUUGAGGAUAUCGAGAACUAUUUGGGAACCUCCAGCACUUCCCUGAACAUGACGGACAGAUUAUGGACGGCACUUUGUUCGACAAAUUACGAAUCCAGUGAAGCGGUCGAGUUUUGCGUUGUUGGAAGAUGUGUUGAGCAGAUUCUUUGCGUCUCUUCUGUCCCUGUCCCCGACGACCCUCCAAUUAUCGCGUCUGCAUCGAAUAUCCUUUCAUCUGCCGCAGGAGAAACCUCAACCCAAGGCACGCCAGAAGAUGCAGAAAAGGAGGUACCAAUUGCUCUCGUUCGAAAUAUAAUAACCUCUCAAUACGUGGACGUUCAAAGCAGUUUUUGGCAAAUUCGCUUACUAGUGAAAGUCCACGAGUUCAUCCGAACAAGAUACUUUGAACCCGACCUACUGGAGACGCUUUGCCCUUUGGAUGAGAUGCGAGCAGCUUACCUGGCAAAGUUGCGACGACAUAUCCGUGCGAUUCUGAUUUGGCUCAUAGAGACAGACCUCAGACCUCGGGAACUACUGCUUCCCCUGAAGAUUGAACGAGGUCCAGAAAUUUCCAAGAGUCAUAUUUCGCCCGCAAGAAUUCAACACUGUCGGGAGCAGAGAGAAUCUGUCAACGUUGACCGAUCCUAUAACCAAGCCUGCUUUGCAUCUCUGGCAGUUUGGUAUGCCAUGAGAUAUUGUCCACGGGCAAUAACAGAGGAUCUCAAAUCUGAAAUCCUUUUGCCGCAACUCAAGAAAGCGUACACAUCAGUCGAAAAACGGAGGACUCGUGGCCAAGAAGAUCCCACUCCGAAGAAUGACGUUUUGCAAUGGUUUCACUUAUGCUGCCUGCUUCUGAUCCUCCGCGAGCCUGUUGGUCGGGACUCAGAUGGGUACGCAGCAGCGGGGCUUGAGAGGGAUGCCGUGACAAAAUCACAACUCAAGUUCCAGAAAUACGUCACCAGGCUUAAAACAAAACAGAACGAGCCAUACUCGUUGGAACACGAGGAGAUGGACCGUCUUGUUUUAUUGGGGGAGGAAUUGGACUUGCAAACACUGCAAACUCCUUUCACCGCAAGUCUGGCAGAAGCACGAGCGAAGCAAACACGAGCAAGAAUCGAGGAAAGAGAGCGAACGACGAAAUUCAAUCCAGGCCCCAAAGCAUGGAAGACAUCAAGGAUUACCUCCUCAGGUCCGUGGGAGCUAUCGUUUCUCAAUCAUCACAGCUUCCUGCGGAUAACGAAGGGGGAGAAUGUUCGCUCGAGUAGAGAUAGAUGCUUCGAUUUUGUGCUUGCUGACUACACGUUCAUGACCUCUUGGGACCGUGCUGACUUCAACGUGGUUGGAACGUGGUGGGAUCUUGAGCCUCUGAGUGUCUUCUCUGCAACAAUCCUCGAUCUCAAGACCGAAGGAAGGCUCAAGUCUGCCAAGUCAGAGGAGGCCGUCGAGAAACUUGCACAAUCGGUCCCUGACGUGCCUGUCGAACACCAGCCCACCACUAAGGAGAAACGCGAAGAAGACCCCAUUAGCGACAUUAUCUCUCAAAUAAAGCAGACUUUAGCAACUACUGGCGAUAGAGAUCUGGACUCCCAGAGCAAGUUCUUUGACUGGAUCGGCUGCCACCCUGGUCAUUCUUUCUAUCCGGUAUAUUUAUUCGCUCUCUGGAAUGUUGCUUGAAGCUUUGUCAAGCUAACUUUCCACCAGAGAUACCAGGUGCAGUCUAUAGAGGAUACCACACGUGCGAUUCAGACGAAAUAUGUCCCACUACGAAAAGAACUCUAC